GCCGGAAGUGACGGAUCCCAAAUAGUUCCGCUUUCUUUUUUCUGGAGGAGCGGUUGGCUGCUGGGCUUGGGGGCGCGGUGGAUAUUGACCUUUGCCCCGGCCUCGUCGUGGGUGCACAGCCCUUCUCCCCGCAGCCGGCUUCCUCCCCCCAGAACCUGUUUCCGGCCUGCGAGCUUCUGCGGGAUGUUACUGUUCGCGGUGCUGCUGCCCCUGUGCUGGGCCGUGGAGGUCAAGAGGCCCCGGGGCGUCUCCCUCACCAACCAUCACUUCUAUGAUGAGUCCAAGCCUUUCACUUGUCUGGACGGCUCUGCCACCAUCCCUUUUGAUCAGGUCAAUGAUGACUACUGUGACUGCAAGGAUGGCUCAGAUGAGCCAGGUACAGCCGCCUGUCCUAACGGCAGCUUCCACUGCACCAACACUGGCUACAAACCCCUAUACAUCUCCUCCAGAUGGGUCAAUGAUGGAGUUUGUGACUGCUGUGAUGGGACCGAUGAGUACAACAGCGGGAUCGUCUGUGAGAACACCUGCAAGGAGAAGGGCCGUAAGGAGAGAGAGACGCUGCAGCAGAUGGCAGAGGUCACGCGAGAGGGGUUCCGCCUCAAGAAGAUCCUCAUCGAGGACUGGAAGAAGGCUCGGGAGGAGAAGCAGGAAAAGCUCGCUGAGCUACAGGCUGGAAAGAAGUCCCUGGAGGACCAGGUGGAGAUGCUGCGCAUGGUGAAGGAGGAGGCCGAGAAGCCAGAGAAGGAGGCCAAAGAGCAGCACCAGAAGCGGUGGGAGGAGCGGCAGGCCGCCUCCAAGGCCCAGCGGGAACAGGAGCUGGCGGCCAACGCCUUCCAGGAGCUGGACGACGAUAUGGAUGGGGCGGUCUCGGUCACCGAGCUGCAGACCCAUCCGGAACUGGACACCGACGGUGACGGGGCACUAUCAGAAGGGGAAGCUCAGGCCCUGCUCGGGGGAGAUGUGCAGACUGACGCUCCCGCCUUCUAUGACCGCGUGUGGGCCGCCAUCAGGGACAAGUACCGCUCCGAGGUGCUGCCCACCAGCCCUCCACCUGUGCCUUCUGAGCCUGACCUGACAGAGCCCAAGGAGGAGCAGUCUCCAGUGCCCUCGCCGCCCGCGGACGACGACGAGGAGGAGGAGGAGGAGGAAGAGGAAGAGGAAGAGACGGAAGAGGAGGAGGAGGAGGAGGAGGAAGAAGAUUCCCAGGUGCAGGGGGAGCAGCCCAACGUCGCAGUUCGAGGUGCCCGGGGGCCCUGUGUGGGCGCACGGGGGAGCCUGCGGUCCCGUGUCCCCUGCCCACCGUCCCCAUCCUGUGACAGGUACAUCUACCGGCUCUGCCCCUUCAAGCUCGUCUCUCAGAAACCCAAGCUUGGCGGCUCCCCCACCAGCCUUGGCACCUGGGGCUCGUGGGCUGGCCCUGAGCACGACAAGUUCAGCGCCAUGAAGUACGAGCAGGGAACGGGCUGCUGGCAGGGCCCGAACCGCUCCACCACCGUGCGCCUGCUGUGUGGCAAGGAGACCGUGGUGACCAGCACCACGGAGCCCAGUCGCUGCGAGUACCUCAUGGAGCUGAUGACGCCGGCCGCCUGCCCUGAGCCGCCGCCCGACGCGCCUGCCGACGGCGACCACGACGAGCUCUAGCCCGGCUGGGCGCCGAGAACCUCAAGGCACAGAGAUGUCCCCGGUGGGGCCGCCCGCCCACCCCACCCUGUGGCCCGAGGCCCGCCCCCCCGGUGUGCUCAGCCUCCCCACAGGGGCAGGAGCCGUGUGGAGCCCCGUGCCCUGCCGGGGGUGGUGCGGCUGCGUCCCCAGGCCCCCGCGGUCUCCAAAGGUGGAACACAGGAGUUCGCCCGCCCCAGGCACCCGGCCCCCCGCCCCCGCCCACGGUGUCUGCCUCCCUUCCUGGCGGGGAUGAGUGACUUGACCUGUGACCUCAAAACAAUAAACACCAUCCCCCCCAACCAG